CAACACCCCGAUGUCCAAACCAGACUCAGAGAGGAACUGCUUGUGUUUGGCACUGAUCCAACAUAUGAUCAAUUAAAGGCUGAUCUCCCAUACUUGGAUGGGGUUGUUCAUGAAAUUCUACGACUCCAUCCUCCGGCGCCCGAGAUCACUCAUCUCAAUCAUUUCUUGAUCAAUUCAUAUCAUUUUUCUGUGUUCCAAGCCGCUCUAUAUAUGGUAGAUCUUAUCUUCUCGACCACACAAAUCUCGACGCCCAUACGUGAUCAUGGUCUUCUUGAAGGCCUUGGAGCUCGUGAGGUGAGUCAAUGCUAA